AGUAAAAAAAAACAGAAACAAAAAGACAAAAAAUCUUUGCCCAUAUAUAGUUAGCACACGAAAUUUCCCCACAAACUGAAUUAAUGUGGUUUAGAGUUAAAAUUGGAGAAACUUAUUGAAGAUUUACUAGGUCUCCGAGAUGGAAGAAACACCAACGAAUUUCAAGCGAGGUAACCCUACAAGGCGAGGUUUACGAGCUUGGAUGUUUUUUAUCUGUAGUGUUGUUCUGAUUCAGCUGUUUUCUGGUCAAACCAAUGCUCAAAGAUCUAGAGGUCCAUGGCAAACACUUAGUGGUGAUGCUCCUCUUGUGAUUGCUCGUGGUGGGUUUUCUGGAUUGUUUCCAGAUUCGAGUAGUGCUGCUUACGGUUUGGCAGUGCAGACAAGUGUACCCGGUGUUGUUCUAUGGUGUGAUGUUCAGCUAACUAAAGAUGGAGCUGGGAUUUGCUUUCCUGACUUAAAACUGAACAACGCUUCAACUAUUGAAUCUUUUUACCCAAAAGGCCAAAAAUCUUACCUGGUUAACGGAGUCCCUACGCAGGGUUGGUUCACCAUCGAUUUCUCCCUGACAGAUCUCAGUAAUGUUACUUUGAUCCGAGGAAUAUUAUCUCGGUCAGAAAAAUUCGAUGGAAUGUAUCCCAUUUUGACGGUUGAAGAUGUAACCACGCAGAUAAAACCAGAAAGUUUUUGGUUAAAUGUUCAACACGAUGCGUUCUACGCGCAGCAGAAUCUGAGCAUGAGCAGUUUUCUGAUAUCAGCUUCAAGAAAUGUUUCCAUUGACUACAUCUCUUCCCCUGAAGUGAAUUUGUUUAAAAAGAUUGCUGGCCAUUUCGGGCCUAAUAGACCGAUUUUCGUGUUUCAGUUUCUUGGAAAAGAAGUUUUUGAGCCGACAACAAACCGAACUUACGGCUCUAUCUUGAGUAACCUGACUUUUGUCAAGACCUUUGCUUCAGGAAUUCUUGUCCCAAAGUCUUACAUACUGCCACUUGAUGAGAAGCAGUACUUGCUUCCUCCUACAUCCUUAGUUCAAGAUGCUCACAAGGCAGGAUUACAAGUGUAUGUGUCAGGUUUUGCCAAUGAUAUUGAUAUUGCCCACGACUACAGUUCUGAUCCAGUGACCGAGUAUCUAUCCUUUAUGGACAAUGGCAAUUUCUCUGUCGAUGGUGUGCUCUCAGAUUUUCCUAUAACUGCAUCUGCAUCCAUUGACUGCUUCUCCCACCUUGGUAGAAACGCUACAAAACAAGUUGAUUUUCUUGUUAUAUCAAAAAAUGGAGCGAGUGGGGACUAUCCUGGAUGUACAGACUUGGCAUAUGAUAAGGCUAUCGAAGAUGGUGCUGAUGUUAUCGAUUGCUCAGUCCAAAUGUCCAGCGACGGUAUACCAUUUUGCUCAAGAUCAAUAGAUCUCUCGAACAGCACAAUGAUCUCCCAAACACCUUACGUGCAGCGUUCAACACAUGUUCCUGAGAUUAGCUCAAAUGGUGGGAUUUACACUUUUAGUCUCACGUGGGCUGAGAUCCGGAACUUGACUCCUGCGAUUGCAAACCCCUACAGUGUAUACAGUAUAUUUAGGAAUCCUAAUGAGAAAAAUUCUGGAAAGCUUAUUUUGCUUUCUGACUUCCUAUUCUUGGCAAAGAAUUCAACUUCGCUCUCUGGUGUUUUGAUCAGUGUAGAGAAUGCAGUGUACCUGCGAGAGAAGAAAGGGCUCGACGUUGUUAAAGCGGUUCUUGAUACUCUCACGGAAACUGGUUACGGCAAUGGAAUAACCACAACAAAGGUUAUGAUUCACUCAACGGAAAGCCCGGUUCUAAUUGACUUCAAGGAACAGAGCAAGUAUGACACUGUCUACAAAAUUGAAAAAACCAUUAGUGAUAUUAGCGACGCUGCUAUCCAAGACAUAAAGAAAUUUGCUAACGCUGUUGUCAUUAGCAAAGCAACAGUGUUCUCCUUAUUUGAUGCGUUCAUCACUAUGCAAACCAAUGUUGUGGAGAAGCUGCAGAAGUCUAAGCUCCCAGUUUAUGUGGAACUGUUUCAGAACGAGUUUGUAUCUCAACCAUAUGACUUCUUCUCUGAUGCAACCGUCGAGAUAAACUCCUAUGUCACUGGAGCCGGUAUCGAUGGAAUCAUCACAGAGUUCCCUUUCACAGCUGCAAGAUACAAAAGGAAUCUAUGUUUGGAUGAAAAAGAAACUCCAGUUUACAUGGCCCCUAUUCAGCCGGGUACUUUCGUACAGCUUUUUAGUGCCUUACCUCCAGACCAAGCUCCAAGUCCGGUAUUCACAGAUGAUGACGUCUCAGCUUAUGAUCGUUACAAACGAUGCAGUCAACCAUUUCGCUGUGGUGAUCAGGGCGGUCUCUUAUACCCAUUCUGGAUACCUGACAGAGAAGCCUGCGGCAGCCCCGGCUUCAACCUCAAUUGUAGCAGUGGAUUCGCAGAGUUUACUGUCUCCUCCGUGAAGUUCAGAAUCUUAAAUGCAAAUUACACCUCUCGUAUUAUAAGACUCGCCAGAUCGGAUUAUUUCGACAAUCUUUGUCCUUCAAACCCACUUAAUGGACAAAUCCCCCAAAGCGCCCUUCAAGUGGCUACUGCCACCGAUCGGCUAAUAAUGUUAUAUGGCUGCCAAAACUUAUCAUCUCUUAGUAGGGAAGCUUACAGUUACGUUACAGACUUUCGAUGUAAUGAUCAGAAGGAAGGUGUAAACAACUACUGUGUUGUGAUAAACAGCACGUCUGCGUUAUUCUACAGUAGGGAUGUCACUGAAAAUUGCACAAAAGAAGUCAGCAUGCCGGUUUCAGGAUCGAAGCUACACACUCUGCAUUCAGAUAAUCUAAGGAAGACUCUUGAACAGGGUUUCGAGCUUGAACUUAAACAAGACUGCUCAAUGUGCCUAGAUUCUAAGGGUGCUUGUGGAUUUAAUCAGACGUCACAUGGAUUCGUCUGCUAUUGUGACGAUGGGACCCAUGGCCAAAACUGUAGUAGCUCUGGAAAGACGAGUCACGUGUCUUCGGUCAACACAGUUCACAAAGGGUCUUUGAUCAAUACAGUUCGCAAAGUUUCGGGCUCAGUAGCAGGCGUUGUUAUGUUCUUGGGCUUAUUAUCAUUGUUUCUUUGUUUCCUCUGGAAGAGAGAAGCACGACAGAGACAGCAAAACCUAAAGUCUCUUAUUCCACUCAGACACUACACUUACGCACAGGUGAAAAGAAUUACAAAAUCAUUUGCAGAAGUGGUUGGGAGAGGCGGCUUUGGAAUUGUUUACAGAGGAACCCUUUCUGAUGGCCGUAUGGUUGCGGUGAAGGUCUUGAAAGAUUCAAAGGGUAACGGUGAAGAUUUCACCAAUGAAGUUGCAAGCAUAAGCCAAACUUCUCAUCAAAACAUUGUUUCAUUGCUUGGUUUCUGCUCUGAAGGUUCCAAGAGAGCAAUUAUAUAUGAAUUUUUGGGUAAUGGGUCCCUUGAUAAAUUCAUCUCGGGCAGUACCUCGGUGAAUUUGGACUGGACGGCAUUGUAUCAAAUUGCACUUGGGGUUGCUCGAGGUCUAGAGUACUUGCAUCAUGGCUGCAAAACAAGGAUUGUACAUUUCGACAUUAAACCACAAAAUGUGCUCUUAGAUGACAACUUUUGCCCCAAAGUUUCGGACUUUGGUCUGGCUAAGCUCUGUGAGAAAAAAGAGAGUGCAUUGUCAUUGCUGGACACAAGAGGUACAGUGGGGUACAUUGCACCAGAAAUGAUCUCAAGAGUUUAUGGGAGCGUGUCUUACAAGUCAGAUGUAUAUAGCUACGGAAUGUUGGUGCUGGAGAUGAUUGGCGCUAGGAAUAAAGAAAAAGCUCGUCAAGACUCUGCUUCUAACACAAGUUCAAUAUACUUUCCUGAGUGGGUAUAUAGGGAUAUUGAAUUAGGAGAGUCCAGAAGGCUUAUCGAGGAUGGAAUCAGCAAUGAAGAACAUGAGUUAGCAAAGAAGAUGGCUUUGGUUGGGUUGUGGUGUAUUCAGUCUUCUCCAUUAGAUCGCCCACCGAUGAAUAGAGUUGUAGAGAUGAUGGAAGGAAGUCUGGAUGCUCUUGAAAUGCCUCCUAGACCUGUUUUGCAAAUUCCCAUAGCGCCUCUUCAAGAGUCUUCGACACUUUCAAGGGAUAUUUCGGUUUACACAGAAGAAUGAUUCAAGAAGCUUCGGAACUUAUCAAUGCAGGAUCACAACAAUGCACUUAUUCAAGAAAUGUCAUAUAUUGUCCACACUCCGAAUUAGAAGGGGAAAUGUAUGUGUAAAAUUAAGUUUUGGAUUAUAGUUUUCUAAGCACAUUUGUGUCAAAACAUAAUACAAUAGUGUUAUUAAAUUUUUAAUUGUUGAUCA